CUGGACACCGCUUCGUGCGGCGGCGUGAUGGAUCUCAUUCUAUGUCUGCUGGGCUCCGUCCUUUUCUUUUUAAACUUAAAAUCGGUAUUUUCAGAAUUAAAUACAACAGCAACAGAAAGUCAGCUGAGCAGCAAUGAAUCGUCGUGGGAUGAAGACGCAGCUACACAGAACAGCAGCCUUCCUCCGUUCGGCGUCACCGCUGCAACCGAAGAACCCGCUUUCGGCAGUUACUCGACGGACGCUUGGGCUACCGAAGCCCCGAUCACUGUAUCGCCUUCGCUCGGUUUUCCUCGUGCAGCACCCACCGUGACGCCUUCGCAGCCACUGAUUAGCUCCCUGCAGACGCCUGUCACCGACGUUUCCAGCCUGUGCCCUUGCAAUUUGUUGGAGAAUCAGUGUGACGUCAACUGCUGCUGUGAUCCUGGAUGUGCUGAAGAGUUUGCACUGUUUACAGGCUGUUCGGUUCAGCAAGUAAUCACUGACAGCAUGCUUUGUAGCCAGACGGCAGCCAUAUACUCUCUCAACAUGACGGUGAAUGGAACAAUGCAAAGAAUAUCGACUUUAACUAACUUGAUCAACCCCGACUUCUUCUGUAUACAGACAAACAACAAUGCAGCAGGCUUGUCAUUUGGUACUCCUGAAAUACCAACCAAUGGAAACUUCGAUACCUUGGUAAAGACAUUCUCCAGGCCUUCCUUCAGUUCUGCGGGCACAGCGUCAAGCACCUCUCCAAGUCAAGCCAGUGGUUACAAGUAUGGUGAUCUUAUUCAAACAAACAGCAUAAAAGGAAUUUUAACACUCCCAGCCCCAGCUGGAAACUCCUGGUGUUCUAAUGGCAAUCCUGUAGGUUUUCUACAAAAUCAGCAGGCUCAGUGUAACGUGAAGUUCAACUUGGCAACUGAUUGUACGAAUCUUUCAUCAGUAAACAUUGCGAGCUAUUCCAACUUCCAGAUUUUCCAAACUCCAGGUGCUGCCAGCUCACUUGUUAACAUCACGUUGCGCUCCGUUACACUGCAGUCCCUGGAUGGAAUGCGUAGCCAGUCAAGUGUCACAAAUGCAUCUUCAUUUGCUCCUUCAGUACUGCAAAAUGGGACUGUGUGCAGCAAAGUAGUCCUACAGGUAAAUUACGUGAUAACCUACAGUGAAGCAGGUGUCAUUAUGAAUGCUGAGGUUUCAAUUGUGUUGGGAGUCGUCAAUGCAACUCCUGUGCAGCAAAGCUUUCAGGUCACAUUUGUGCAGGUAAAAACCACCUCUACACCUGUAAGUGGAAACCCAGGAUAUAUCAAUGGGCUCCCUCUUCUGGCUGGAUCCUUAAUAGCAGGAUCUGGCAUUGUUCAGAGCACUAACAGGUUUGGACAGCUAAUGGUGAUGAAGAGCUCAAGCGUGCAGGACUGCUUGGCCUUGCCAGGAGAAAGGCUGCCAGUUCUGUUUGGAAUUAAUAUGGUGUCUGGGUGCAGCUUAAGAAUAAACAACAUCAGCAACUGCAGUCUUCUCUCUGAGCAAAUCCUUGGAGUCCUCAUAGGGUCCAAUUUUCCUGAUUACGUCGCCUCCUUUGGAAAUUCGCAGGCCCAGAAUGUCUUGGACUGGGUUCAGAUCAACACAGUAACCACUGCAUCGAGCUCUUUCAGUUGUAAUAUUCCCUUGUCUCUGGACCUUGUGAUUCAGUGGACCAAGUAUGGCUCCCUCGUCAAUCCUCAGGCUCAAAUUGUGAGCUUAACUCGGAAGUUCACCACAAACUCUACAGCUUUGCAAGGAACCUUGCAGAUAUCCAGUACGGUCUCCUUCGUGGAUGUGUCUGCUGCGGCUCAGCCAGGAUACAAAGCUCCGCCAACGAUUGAUGCCAAGUUGCCUUUUGACUUCUUCUUUCCGUUUGUAUGAAUGUGGCAGAACACAU